GUAUGGUCAUUUUUCUGGAAUUAACCGAAAGGUGCAACUAAAGUAUCAGCCCAGAGGAUGGAAAAGAAGAUCAAGCAGUGAAGAAGGAGACUCACCACGAGAACCAUCACUUGUUCUUAUCCUCAAGUGGGGUGGAGAAUUAACUCCUGCAGGGAGAAUUCAAGCGGAGGAAUUAGGACGUAUAUUUCGCUGCAUGUAUCCUGGUGGUCAAGAACGGUCAGAGUGGAUUGAAGAAUCUGUAACUGGAUGUGAAUAUGCAGGAACACAAGGGUUGGGCCUCCUUCGACUUCACUCAACUUACCGACAUGAUCUCAAAAUUUAUGCCAGUGAUGAGGGACGUGUACAGAUGACAGCAGCAGCAUUUGCUAAGGGACUGCUUGCACUUGAAGGAGAACUUACUCCAAUACUUGUGCAGAUGGUUAAGAGUGCUAAUACAAAUGGACUCCUAGACAAUGACUGUGAUUCUUAUAAACAUCAGAAUAUGGUGAAGAAUCGUCUUCAUGAAGCCAUGCAACAAGAUCAUGACUUGACUCCAGAAGAUAUGGAAAAACUGAACCCAACACAUUCAAGAUCUAUAUCCACUGCUUUGGAAUUUAUUCAGAAUCCAGUUCGAAUGUGUGAGCAUGUAGAUGCACUGAUAAAAAAACUCAAUGAACGAAUAAAGAUUAGGAAGGAAGAUCAGAAAACUAAAGAAUUACCUCUUUAUCAUGGAGAGUCAUGGGAACUUAUGCAGCGGCGUUGGGCAAAAUUGGAGAAAGAUUUUAGAACUAAAAGUCGAAAAUUUGAUAUAUCUAAGAUUCCUGAUAUAUAUGACUGCAUCAAGUAUGAUGUUCAACACAACCAUCAUACUCUUCAGUUUGAGCAUGCUGAAGAGUUAUACAAAUGUGCCAAAUAUCUUGCAGAUAUUGUCAUUCCUCAGGAAUAUGGAAUGACUCAGCAAGAGAAGGUAGCUAUUGGUCAAGGUAUCUGCACACCCUUGCUCAAGAAAAUAAGAGCAGAUUUGCAGAGAAAUAUAGGAGAAGAAGAAAGUGAAGAGAAUCAGGGAGAGAGCAUUAACAGAUUGAAUCCACGCUAUUCUCAUGGAGUGAGUAGUCCUGGCCGUCAUGUGAGGACUCGGCUAUAUUUUACCAGCGAGAGUCAUAUCCAUUCAUUACUCACUGUCUUACGAUUUGGAGGAUUAUUAGAUACACAGAAAGAUGAGCAAUGGUGCAGAGCAAUGGAUUAUGUAGGAGCUGUCUCAGAGCUGAAUUACUUGAGUCAGAUUGUGAUCAUGCUGUAUGAGGAUCCAACUAAAGAUCCAACUUCUGAUAGCCGAUUCCAUGUUGAAUUACACUUUAGCCCGGGUGUUAAUUGUUGUGUCCACAAAAAUUUGCCUCCUGGACCAGGUUUCAGGCCAAAAAGUCGUAAUGAACCUGAGAAAUUCCUUGUGUGUCUGCCAAGACCAAGUAUUCCUCCUAAUGUGCCCUUGUCUCCUAAAGCUGAAUUAGAGAUGAGAAGAACAAGGGCUACCUCUCGUAUAGAGGAGGAGGAAGAUCUCCAGUACAUCUUAGAUGACAUAGCUGAGCGUGCAUCAGAACGAGAAAAGGAGAGCAUUGAGGAUUUUAAGGAGAAAGACUUAUUAGGAACCAGUGCAGAAGGACAGGGUAAUGAUACUAUUUCAAAUGCUUCCACAUCAAAGUCAAUCAGUAUGGAAACAAGAAGUUUGAGCACUGAAAGCAAAUCGCUCUUAUCCCCUCCUGCUAAGGCUCCGUCCGAAAAAUACGUUGAGUUCCCAGAUGGUGUUAUGCAGUCAGGAGGUAUAGAUGCUCAAGAUGCUGAUGUAGUAACAGCAGUUAAGUCGGAACCUAUACCCAUCUCAACCAGGUCGCAUUCUGAUUGUGGACUGGUGCCUGCUGGGAUUCGACGUCCUUAUCCCAUCAUACGGUCCCUAUCUGAUGGUGCUUCUUCCUAUCAGCGGUCAUUGACCGCUGUGGAAUCAUUAACGCGGCCAAGGUCUUUAGAAACAGAAAACAGCUUUAAUCCAGAUCAAGCAUCUAAACCAGAAAAGGGGAGCUCCAGCUUAGAUUCUAUAAGUGAUGAAGACUGGAGUCCUCUAGGAAGUGAGAGUCUCCGACGACAUCGACACAGCAUCCCUGGUCACCUGAGUUCAUAUCUUAUGUUUUUAGCUGGUCUGCAGCAGAAGGCUGCAGCAACUACUGGACCUGCUGUUCCAGUAUUUUCUACAGCAGUUAUCUCUGGAUCAACUUCUGCUCCUGAUCUGCGUGACAACUUUUCAGCACUUCCCUUUUCUGGUAAAAAUGAGUGCUCCUUACUCCUCUCAAGCUGGUUGGUGUAUCCAGAGUUCAUUCCUGGUGCCUGCUAUGCAAACUACUGCGAUAUAGAGGGCCUUGGAGGGGUACCCUCGAUUCGACCACUGGAGACUCUUCAUAAUGCUUUGUCAUUACGUCAGUUGGAUGCCUUUUUAGAACGCAUGGCUUUAGCACAGUUUCGUACUCCUCUGUCCUCUCCUCCUAAGAUGCCUUCCACCCCCAAAAAUCCACGUUCUCAACCUCCACCACUUGGCCUUCAAUCUCCAUCGUCCAGUAUUGGUUGGUCUGGGCCUCCAUCCUUCGUGUCGUCUUCUGGCCCCUCCUCUCCCAACAUCAACACACUGGAGUUCUUCUCACACCUGCACCGCUACGACACCUAUUUCCCUCCACCAUCACCACAAUUCCUCUUUCCUAUAACACCAUCAUUCACAACUAUUACUACCACAACUGCUUCCAUUUUAACUACUAGUGAACCUUCACAUCACUCAUCUCAACACACCAAACCCUCUACUACUACUACUUCUUCUACUACUACUACUACUACUACUACUGCUGCUGCCACCAACUGUAUUGCUACUCCUACUACUACUGCUCCUACUAAGGGUGGUGGAGGUGCUUCUCACUCUGAUGUCGCUGCUGUUGCUGCUUCUAUUCUUACAUCAGAACUAACCUGCACUAAUGCUUAUGAUAGCCACCAGAAGUUACUAGUCUCUACAAGUGAAUGUAAUAGUGGUAAUCAACAAAGCACCAGGGAAGGAGACAUGGAUGCUUUAGAGGUCCUCCCAGGAGAGACCAGCAGCCCUGCCUCACCAUCAGAGGGCUCAGAGAGCUUGGGGUCCCAUUCACAGACUGAGGUGGCGUCAGUCAUAGAACGUGGAGAUACAGCCACACCUGACACUCACAGUGAUACACAUGACCAGGAUACCUCUACUAGUGAAGUGCCAGAUUGACAUUAAACCUCACAAUAAGUAUACCACCUCAGUCUGAAAGUGAGACUUAUAAGUGCUUUAUAUGAAAAAGAGAGAGUAUAUUAGAAAUGUGUGAUUUAAUUAUAACAUAUUUUUUGUUGUUACUGUAAUUGCUUGUCUAUUUUUAUUUUGCUUUGUGGGACUUCAUCAUGAUUAGCAACUAAAAUAUCUCACACUGAUUUUAUUCUAGUUUGUGCCAAAUUCUGCCAAGCAAAAGUAUGUAUUCUUUAACCAUGUGCUUUAACUAUCCACUGGCUUCUAAAGAUUCUACUAAUCUAUAGAUGUUUCUCAUAUUGUACACUAGCUCUUGAAAAGACAUGUACUGUUAUAGUGGCAAUUGUAACUAUAUUUAUAUGAGAGUCAUAUUUUGUAAAAUCAAAUAAAGUUAAUAGGUUUCUUCAUA